AUGGGGAGCAAUAAGCACGUGCCUGGAGCAUCGCUCUGGGCUUCUCAUAUCACAAAAUACAAGCAGACGUCGCACAAGUGCGAGAUGCUCCAGAUACUCGAGAACGCCAAGACCCUUUUAAACACCACCAGAACUCUCAUUCUACGCCUGAAAUAUAACUCCUUACUGUGGGCUGCUAUUUGGACGUUGACGGCUGCUAUGUAUACCUACUCCGUAUGGCCUUUGAUAAAAAUGUUCAGGGUUUGUUACAAAAGGAUGGAAGAAAUAAAAGCAACCGAACAGCCGGCUAUGAACUCAAAAAAAGCUCCAGGCGCAUCAAAGCGUGACAGACCUCAUGAACGGGUCGGAAUAGCUUUGCGAAGAAGUUACAUUGGAGUUCACUCAGAGCAUGUUAUUGUAGUAUCUGAGUGGAGAGCUCUAGGCGCUUGGUUGUUUUUGGUUGGCGGGGCAUUUUCAGCAACCGCCAUGCUUUCUCAAACUUGGCGAUCUUACAUCAAAUUUGAUUUCGCCCAGGAAGUAAGUGAGCAAGUGACUGGCUUGGAGAAUGAAUCAGAAACAAAGAACAAACACAAAUGGAACACCCUUGCUAGCGGUAGCAGUGGCAACCCAACGCUUUCCGAGCUAGUUAUGUCUACUGGGCAGCACAAGACAGAAAGUACAGAGGACGUCUUGGUCAUUUCCAUCACGGAAGUGACCAGAGACAAGAUCAAAUCCCAGUGCAAUAUCGAGACCUUGCGCGAAUAA